AUGUCGCCAGAUUCCAACAAGAGAAAAGAUCCCCGAUCAUGGGAUUCAGUAACUCCGCCACUUUCAGGAUGGAUUGUAGACGCUGUUAAUUCUAUGGGAUUUUCAAGAAUGACCCCUGUCCAGGCUUCAACAAUCCCUCUGUUCAUAGGUCACAAAGAUGUUGUUGUUGAGGCUGUUACUGGAAGCGGGAAAACUCUUGCUUUUUUGAUACCAAUUGUGCAGAAACUACUAAGUCUCGAACAACCCAUCAAAAAACACCACAUUGGUGCAAUUAUUAUUUCACCAACCCGGGAGCUUGCAACACAGAUAUAUUCUGUUCUAUUAAAGCUUCUAGCCUUUCAUGGUUCCUCAGCCGCUAUACUGAAUACCACUGAGUCUGAUGAAAGACAAAGAGAAACUAUUAGUCUUACAAUACUUCCGCAACUCAUACUCGGUGGAAUGAACACUCCCGCAAAAGAUUUAAGCCGAUUUCUUAAAACUUCGCCAAAUCUCAUUAUAUCAACGCCAGGGCGCCUACUUGAACUUCUCUCUUCACCUUAUGUUCAUUGCCCGCAGUCCUCGUUCGAAAUUCUCGUAUUGGAUGAAGCAGACCGAUUGCUUGACCUAGGCUUCAAAGAUGAUCUACAAAAAAUUUUAGGGCGACUCCCAAAGCAAAGACGGACAGGGCUGUUUAGUGCUAGCGUUUCUGAGGCUGUUUCUGGAAUGAUCUGUGUAGGUUUGAGAAAUCCCGUCAAAAUCUCUGUCAAGGUGAAAACCGAUUCCGGACACGAUAAACGAACGCCUGCCAGCCUAAAAAUGAGUUACUUGCUCACACAACCGACUCACAAGUUUCCCGCACUAUUUCAAAUCCUUCAAAAAUUAGAGCCUACCCCUCAAAAAACAAUAGUAUACCUGUCAACAUGUGCAGCUGUGGACUAUUUUCAGCAGAUUCUUUCUAAAUUAUUACCAAAAACUUUCUCUCUAAUUUCAUUGCACGGAAAACAUCUUCCCGCCGUUCGAACCCGAAACUUCGCCAAGUAUCUGAAGACCAUUACACCAACUAUUCUCUUGACCACUGAUGUUGCGGCUCGAGGUCUAGAUAUACCACAGGUUGAUUUGGUUGUUCAGAUCGAUCCCCCAUCAGAUCCCAAAGCAUUCCUCCAUCGAUGUGGUCGGGCUGGCCGAGCUGGGAGACGAGGAAUGGCAGUUAUCUUUUUAACACCUGGAAGAGAAGAGGAUUAUGUUCCGUUUCUUUCAAUUCGCGAAACACCUAUACAUCUACUCGACAGGCCAGAUAUACAAAUAUCUGAUGAUGAUGCUCUAAUAUUCAUAGAAAGUUUACGGAAACAAGUUCUUUCGGAUCGAGCUCUACACGAUCUCGGUCAAAAAGCAUUUGUCAGCUGGGUUAGAUCAUAUAGCAAGCAUCAAGCUAGCAGUAUUUUUCGUGUAGAAGACCUUGAAUGGAGUGAGCUAGGUCAUUCUUGGGGUCUAGUUAAACUACCAAAAAUGCCUGAACUCAAGCAUUGGGAAGGCGAUAAAUCGUUGGGUGUUAAAAUUGACAUGAAAAAGUAUUGUUAUAAAGAUAAAAUACGAGAAAAGUCAAGGCAAGCAUUAAUAGAAGCAGCGGAACAGGCUGAACCAUGGAAACCAAGCGAAGAGAUAAUCAACAAGCGUAGAGAACGAGAGUCAUGGAGCCAGAAGAAUGGUUCGAAGGAAAAACGAGAGGAUAAGCGAGAACGAAAACGUCGUAAACGUGAGGCAGAACGGAAAUCUGGCUUAACCGAAACAGAAAAGUUACAGGAAGCAGAAGUCGAAGAGUUAUUGGAAAAAGUAAAACGAAAAGUAAAGCAAGAUGUGGAAAAUAAGCAAAGCGAAGAAACAUUUGAGGGCUUCAUUGAAUGA